CUUUCAUCAACACAUUGUUUCACAACUUCAAGCUCGGUAUCACACUUUUCUACCUCUUCAAUCGCCAUGCGUUCCUCCAGUCUCGUCACCCUGGUGCCCCUCGCAGCGACAAUGGUAUCUGCAGGCUGCUUUGGAGGUGGCGCUAAGGGCGACCACGCACUUGCGCUCGCCCAAGUUGACUCCGUGUGCGCCGGAUUCCAGGGGUCAUUCGAGAAGAAGCAGCCCCGUAACGCGUGCGUCUUUCAGGCUGGUGAGAAUACAUCCUGGUACUUCUCGAUCCGCAGGGAUGCAAGUGAAGGCGGCAUCCUUACAAAAUCUGUUUGUAUUGCUGGCCUUACGAAGGAGGUGACCGGAUGCGACCAUGGAGGGCAAAGCAAGUCAGGCGAUUGGAUCUUCACAUCCGACCCUAAUGACGGUAUGUGCUCCGAUACGGAGUAUAUCAACAACCAGACGCCCCAGCCGCCCCCGUCGAAGGAGAGGCGGUCUAACGCCCCGCCGCACCAACACGCGAACGACUUCAGCGUGGGAAAACGACAGCCAGAGAAGGGAGACAUCAAGAUCGUUUAUGACAUCGGCAUUCCAGUCCCAAAUCCCGUAUCAGAGAAGAGAAGCGAUGUGACGAUCGUCUAUGAUGUCGACAUUCCGGAAAAGAGCCACGCGAUACCUUUCCAAGCCUGAAGAACGAGCGAAGGAGAGAAUGUGUAGCGUUCGAGAUGUGUCCGGGCUGGCUCCCCUCAUUCGAGUUCUCAUCUCGAUGGAAUAUGUUCCGCAUUUGCUGAAGUGUGGGACGGAUGUCAUUGAUGCCAUCUUGGCUUUUUUGCCAUGUCACUCGUUUUUUUUGGGCUUUCUCUUCCACCGAGCCUUUGAAUCUGCUUUUCAUAUGUGUGGUUUGGGAUUUGCUUUUCAACUAGUUAUCUAGUAUGUCACUCGUUGCAUUCAAUGAAUUUGAAAAUAACGUGGUUCACCAUGCAUUGGAUGUCCCACCAGCUUGAGGGAACUAGUACCUAGACCAAGCUCUUGCCACACUUUUAGCAUAGAUGUUACUCUUAGGCGGCUUAGGUAUCG